AUGUCACCGCUGCGCGGGCUGUUGGUCAAGUCCAGCAGUAUCGAGAAUUGCAAGUCCACCAAUAAGGCACAGCAGCCCCUUGCGAUUGAAUCAGUCUGUCCUGCAGAUCCCGGAGGAGAGCUCAGAUACGCAAACAAGGAUUUACGCCGAGCAACAAGAUUGUUUAAUGUCACCGAAAACGAUGUUAUUUACGGCAGGUUUCCUGCGACCCAGAACAGUGCCUACGGCUCGCGCGCCCUAACAUUAUGGAUUGUAAACUCGGCGUCAAUCUUUGGGCUGCCAACAACGAAUCAACUCUAUGCUAACUUUACGCCUGGCACCAUUGGGGAUUACCCUUACUCACGGCUCAAGGACCCGAAUAUCGACCUGUUUCAGUUAUUAAUUAGCCUGUACACAGCCCACGCUGCGGCAGAUAUUAAGCACGUUCGCGUCAUCCAAGCCAGGACUCUCACCUCGGGACCGGAAUUUACCGGUGAGGCAGUCAGUUUGAAAGGCAUUUCGAAAUACCAUCUCCUGGUGCAGCAGCAACUUGCCAUGUUGCCGAACUCCAGAGACCGCUAUAAAGGAACAACUCCAGGCGCGCAUAAUCACGGGCACGAGGCGAAAGGCGGCGGGUGGUGGUCGGGCCACAGUCCUUUCGAGGUUUGCGACUCGGCACACCGUGUAGCUUCUUCGUGCUGCUGCCCUCGCCCCCUGACGGCCGCUGCUAUUGUUGUUGCUGCUGAGGCUGCUGUUGAAGAAAAAGGCAUCCGCCGGCCGCAACCUGAAAAGAUCCAAAAUUCCACCCUAGAAAGGCGGGGAUCGCAUAACUAUGCUAUCCACGCAUGGGUGAGGACGAUGGUCAAAGACGGCACCGCGGCAUCCCCCUGCAACACGGCAGCUUUUUUGCGGUGCCGCGGUUCGUCUCGAAUACCAUCCGGCGCCGAGAGCCGUCGUGGUGCCAUGUGCGGCGCACUCUCGCGGCAAACCUACAAAGCUUAUGUCCAGUCCCCGGUUGCAUACCACUUGAACGAGGGAUGUGAUAACCAAAACUACAAAACCAAUUCGGAUCCCUCCGACGAUACGCCCCACGGUUUUAGGUCUGAUAUCGGCGCCUCCGCCGUUAAUAAUGCUGUAAGCUUAGAGCAGUUGGCGGCCGCGUCCGUCGCUGGUUUAUCCUCACUAGGCUAG